AGGGAGUAUGUCGUCAUCACGUUUGCAGCCUAGCAGCAGAAAAGACCACGUAAACAAACCGCACCGUAAAUCAGCUAACGCUAAGUAGCGCUUUGCCUCCAGGCGUUGAAGAAUAUAAGCGUUGUUUUCUUUCACUAACUUCACUUACUGGGAGCUGCUGCGGACUUGGUCCAACCCAGAGCAUGUUAGUCCGGGGGAGCUCGGUCAACGUUAGCUAGAUGUGACUUCCACGAGAACUCACCAAGCUGCACGGAUUUCUGGAGGAAUUAAAUGCUUCGCCCAUGUUCUGCAGAGUAGCUGGCGACACUCGCGCUCUACAAUGCUCGUCCACGUUUGCGUUUGCGCUACAGAAUGUAGCACCAAACGGCUGGCAUCUUGUUGACGCUGCACGGCUGCUCCAGGCUUGACGAGCCACACCGCUCGCAGUGGCUUCCACCCCGGACUGCGAUGUUCAGUCUGAUGGCGAACUGCUGCAACUGGCUGAAACGCUGGCGAGAGCCCGCAAGGAAAGUGACUCUGGUGAUGGUGGGACUGGAUAACGCGGGGAAGACUGCCACAGUGCGAGGAAUCCAAGGAGAUGAUCCACAGGAUGUGGCUCCAACUGUGGGGUUUUCCAAGGUCGACCUGAAGCAAGGCAAGUUCGAGGUCACCAUCUUCGAUUUAGGUGGUGGCAAACGAAUCCGCGGCAUCUGGAAGAACUACUAUUCCGAGUCCCAUGGAGUGGUAUUUGUGGUGGACUCCAGUGAUGUCCAAAGGAUUCAAGAGACGAGGGAGACAAUGACGGAGGUCCUCCAGCACCCUCGGAUUGCUGGCAAGCCUGUGCUGGUGCUCGCCAACAAACAGGAUCAGGAGGGGGCGCUGGCUGAAGCAGACCUCAUCGAGAGCCUCUCGCUGGAGAAACUGGUCAACGAGAACAAGUGUCUGUGUCAGAUCGAGCCUUGUUCUGCUGUCCUGGGUUAUGGCAAAAAAGUGGACAAAUCCAUCAAAAAAGGACUCAGUUGGCUCCUCAACAACAUUGCCAAGGACUACGAGGCCAUUUCUGAGCGUGUGCAGAAAGACACUGCUGAGCAGCGUGCGCAAGAAGAGCAAGACAAGAAGGAGCGGGCAGAAAGAGUUCGGCAAAUACGAGAAGAAAGGGAGCGGCAGGAGCGGGAGGAGGCAGAACGUGAAGGCAGAGUGAUCCAGUCAGAAGAAUCUGAGGAUAACAUCUUGUCCAACCCCUUCCAACCGAUCGCAAAUGUCCUCUCAGAGAGCAAAGAAGCUGAGACGGGAAGGAGGAGAGACAUGGAGCUGCAAGAGGAUGUGACCAGCAGUCUGAAGACAGCCGAGGACGAGGAGGAAGACGAGGAAGAUCUCCGUGACAGCACCAGACAUACAGCUGAUACUGGCAGCUCAGACACGCUUGAACAAGGCAAGAAGAAGAGCCGAAAGCUGCUCCUGAAGAGGAAACACAGGGUGGACCCAUUGACAACAGAGGAAGAGGCCACUGAAAGCCAGACCCCCCCUAAACCUCCAGUUGGAUGGGCGACACCCAAAGCUUCUCGGCUGCCCAAACUAGAGCCGCUGGGAGACACUCGGCAUUCUGAGUUUGUCAAGAAGCCCCUCCCCCCAGUGGCAAACAAGCCACGACCUAACGGUGAUUCUCACGACAUCAUUUCCUAAUCUGACUGAACCGUCUUCAGUCCCCUCUCAAGCCAGAACACUCGCAAUGGACCACAGGAUCCAUAAGUGUCAUUUAUUCGGACGACUGGACUCAUUUUUUAUCACCUGAAAGCAGAUUCUCUGCUGAAGUGUUUUGUUUUUAAUUUUCAGUUUUGUCUCAGUGUUACUGUGUGAAUCAUUUCAACUGUCGAAGAAUGUCAAUAUGACGCUGUUGGUGUCUCUUCUUCAUAUCUAUAUUUGAUGUGUGAGCAAAAUGAGCGUGACCUAUAAUGUCAACAUUUCUUUUUUCUGUGUCCUGUUUAAGAAACAUGCGUGUGUUUUUGAAUGUCAACAGUCCAGUGCAGUUUUCAUGAAAGAUCUGACGGAAAAAAUCUGGAUCAUCUGAACAAAUGAUUGUGACCAUUCUCUGUAGUUGAUCUUGCGUUGUUGUUACUAAUGUGAUAUAAGAUUUCUACUUUGUCUGCUGGCAACAAGGCAAAUGUUACAUGACUGUCUUUAUAUGUGCUUUAGAUGUCACACCAUUUUUUUCUACUUGGUCUGGUUUUUAUAACGCUACAAUAAA